CCUUUUACCUGGCACCUUUUUACACAACCGACCGACUUGCUCUUUUACUUUUAGUAGAAGAACACUAGCAAAAAUGCCGCAAGUCGACCUUUCCGAGGUUGCGACGGAGGACCUUAUGAAGGAGAUCCAGCACCGCCUUGACUGCACCAAGAAGCCGGAGAAGCGUGUUAUCCUCAUCGGCCCUCCUGGAUGCGGUAAGGGCACCCAGUCGCCUCGCAUCAAGUAUGAGCACUGCCUGUGCCACCUGGCGACUGGCGAUAUGCUGCGUGCUGCCGUUGCGGCCAAGACGCCUCUUGGUCUGGAGGCCAAGAAGGCCAUGGACUCGGGCGCGCUGGUGAGCGAUGAGAUUGUGAUUGGCCUCAUCGAGGAGGCCACGCAGCAGCCGGAGUGCGCCAAGGGCUUCAUCCUGGACGGCUUCCCGCGCACCGUGGUCCAGGCCCAGAAGCUCGACGAGAUGCUGGCCAAGCGCGGCCAGGGCAUCGACCGCGUCCUCAACUUCGUUGUGCCGGACUCGCUCCUGGUUGAGCGUGUGACCGGGCGCUGGGUGCACCCAGCCAGCGGCCGCUCGUACCACGAGAAGUUCGCUCCCCCCAAGGUUGCCGGCGUUGACGACAUGACCGGCGAGCCGCUCAUCAAGCGCAAGGACGACAACGCCGAGACGCUGAAGGCCCGUCUGGCCGCUUUCCACAGCCAGACCACCCCCGUCAUCGAGCACUACGCCAGCAAGGUGGUGGCGCUCAAGGCCGACCGCCCGCAGAACGAGGUCGCCUCCUCCAUCGGCCAGGCGCUGGGCAACUAAGCUAGCGGCUCUGACAAUCGUGGCCGGUACACAGCUGUUUACGCGCCAAGCGUUGUGUGUGAAGGGAGAUGUGCCUGCAAACGGAUUGCUGGCGGCUUCAUCGGUUUGAAGGGGGUCUGGCAAAAAGAGCUGAUUAUGGAUGCGUUGUGUAGGAGAAGUCCUUGAAAGGUGUGUGUAGCUUUUGGGCAGCUGGGAGGGCAGCCUAUGGGUCGUCACAGCAGGUGUGCAGAUUUGCUGCUGGUGCUGGAAUGAGCGGUGGUGUGGUAGGAGCCUGGACAAGGCACAUGCCAGCUGCUCAGUGUGCCCCGGGCGGUAAGGGGCUCUUGUUCGGACCGGCGCCUCCGCUGGCGUCGGGCGUGAGCAAACAAUGACCGCUUCCAUUGCUCUUCUAGGUGGAGAGCGUUUUCCUCAUGGGCGGACGUACGUAUACCGGCUGU